AUGAGACAAUUGUGACCUAGGCAACUAUAGAUAGGCAACAAUACCAUUCCCAAUGAGAGUUGACGUCAGGCAGGCGGCCGGGUGCAAAAUCACAACCCAAUCUUCAAAAUCUUAUUUUUACGUUGACAGAGUUAAGAGUAACGAAACUGAAGGGCCACGUUUAGCUGUAUGAAUGACCGGCUUAUUGGGGGUAAGAUAGUGAUGGCCUAUUGCCUAUCUGGAAUCUGCAGCUUAUAGUUCUUUCCCUUGAUUGGCUUUUACGCUUUUACGACGGAGGAGUACCUGGCACAUUCUGUUUUUUUUUAAUUUUAUUGAUACCUAGUAAAAAAAUUUUUAAAUAUAUUUAUUGUUUUGUGGUGGCGUAUCGUGAGUUAGGUCUCAAAGGAUUAAGAUUCUAGACAGUUAAUCACCCCACUCUGUUAUCACUAGAUAAGUAAAUUUAUUUAAACAGUAACAUUUCACUCCAUUUCAAGUAGAUAUACUUGUAGAUACUUAUGAUAUCUAUCAAAAUUCGUUUGCACUUGGUUACACUUAGCUACUUUAUUACUGCGGCUUACUUAUCAUAAGCCAUUUAUGUUAGUAUAAUUUUUCCUUUCAGUUUAAUGUGCAAGUUUUUUUCCUUUACAGGAAGUUGCUUAAUGAAAAAUGAACAUUAUCUACAGGACUGAGAUAUGAAACAAAAUAUCUGACCCAACCUAAGUAUUUAACUAAGCAACAACAGCUUCACUACUUAAGCACCUACUUAACCGUGGAACACCUAGAUGAACCACGUGGUGUUCUCCGGAUCAGAAAGAUUAAUACUGUUGUGUAGAAAAUAAUUUUGAGACUGUUGAUAUGUAGGAUAUUAACUAUGAUACUAUGAAAGAAUGUAUCACAUCUAAAACUGUUUUUAAAUUUAAAAUUAUAUUUUUUUAGAACAGCAAUAAUGGAACCAAUAAUCUUUUUCAGUGUAGGUGUAUCUGCAUUAAAAAGCAGUUGUUCACACGCGUCAUGUAGUCAAUAUCUUACCGAAAUUUGAUAACACACCAUAUCAAACAGAAUUACUGUAUAUUUUAUAUCUCGUGCGGUAAUAAACUCCGCAGUGGGGUUACUGUUAAAUAUCUAUACAUCAACAUUAAGCUUGUAGCAGUCGCGGAGUGGACGCGGCCUCCGUUCACUCGUAAAAAUAUUAUUGACAUAGGUACAGUUAAAGAGACAAUGACUUCUAUCAAAACCGUAUGUGAGUGAAUCAUAAAUAGUGAAACGUGUGUGCCCUUAAUCCGAAUACAAUAAGCAUCCUGGAUAAUAAAUAGCCAGGAUGACGUUGCCACCGAAUACUCGAUCAAUCGUCGUGUGUGUGAGUGACAGUAAACCUGCCAAACCUCAAUCAUUAUUUAAAACAAUAGCCACCUGGUACUGCUCACAAUGGAAGGCGAUCGUAGCAGAAUUUGUGGCUAUGGUGUUCUUGAUGUCGUUUGGAUGUAUGUCGGGUAUUCCUCUCGAAGGCUUUGACGUAUUACCUCCCCUGCAAGGGCCUUUAGGGUUUGGCCUCACAGUCAUGAUGAAUAUACAAAUCUUCGGGCACUUGUCUGGAGCGUAUAUGAAUCCGUUCGUCGCAAUUAUUGCUUGCAUUUUCGGAAAGAUUUCUAUCGUACUUACUAUAAUUUAUAUCAUAAUCGAGUGCCUCGGAUCUAUAGUCGGAUAUGCUAUAGUGAUGUCCGUGUCGUCUUACGAUAUGGUGGAAAACGAAGUAUGUUUAACGCUGCCACAUGCGCGCAUCAAUGAGUAUCAGACGCUUGGUGUCGAAAUAAUAUUAUCCGCGGCUCUCUCGUUACUCAACUGUGCGUUGUGGGACCCACAAUAUGCUGCAAGACAAGAUUCAGCUGCUAUAAAGUUCGGUCUCUCUAUAAUAGUUUUGUCUAUAGCUGGAGGUCAUUUAACUGGAGCGAGUAUGAAUCCGGCGAGGACGUUGGGCCCAGCAUUUUGGAAUGGAAGAUGGGAUGCCCACUGGGUGUACUGGGUUGGACCCAUGGUGGGCGGUAUACUACCAGCGAUAUUCUACAAAUACGUGUGGUUAAAGAUAUCUGAAAUAGAGACCGUAGAGAAUGAACAGAGCGCUAAUGAGGUCAAAGACAAAUGACAAACUAAUAUCUAUUAGUUUUUUUUAUCGCCAUAAUUCUUCCAUAGUAACGAUACUAUCUAAUAUACCAUCUGUUAUUUAGAUAUGUAGGUACGUAAUAUCUUUUAUUGGUGUUGUUUACUGUAUAUUUUUGAUUGUAUGAAUGACUAAGACUGACGGAACAAAAAGGUUUUUUGUGUUACUUUAAAAUCAAUAAUUUUUUUGCAUUGCAAGUGAGAAUCUACAGAGUAAGAAACUAUACGUUGCGUUUUUCUAUAUAAAUGUGUAAUUAUUAAGAAAAUGUAAAUAGUUCCUUCUUUCAUAUUUACUUAAUAAGUAAUAAGUAUUAAAAUGAAAAACUAUGACUUGUAUAUAAUAAUAUAUUUUGAAUAUGUAGCCAUAAUUAUACAAGGUAAAAUAACCACUACAGGUAUGAUAAAACAUGACAUCAUUGUCAUGUUUUCAAACAAUCUUGCAUGUGAAUUAUUAAAUUGCUAUACAUCCUCUGUAUGUAAUACAUUGUUGUUAUUUGUAGCAAAUUUUGUAAUCACGAGAUGAAAUGUGACUUCAACAAAUAUUUAUUUUAAUUUUGUGCCGUAUUGUGAUAUUAGAUAAAACUAGGUUGUAUCAAAACUAGUGAUUUGUUUGUUGUUAUUAUUUUUUAUUACUUUCUUCUACUCUCUUGAUAAAAAGCUAGGUAAGACAAGUACUUCGAUUAGAGAAUAAAUUAUUAGUUCGUCAAUAAAUUAAUGUGUUUUUUUACAAUCUAAA